CUCGUAUCCACACCACCAUCAGUCUCUCAUCCACCACUGCCGGAUUUGAACACCACAUUUUCUUUCCCUUGAUCAAUCGAACCAUCACCAUCAUCCUUCUGGGUAUCCCACGAUAUUUGUGCAUUUUCCAGAGCUUCAGGGCAGCCACCUUUCGAUCACACCAUCCUUCCCCGCGCCGUUGUCAUCAGCACCACAAAACAUGGCUUCUGAUCUGGACCAGCUCAUCGAAAUGGGCUUUGACAAGGAGAGGGCGCAACUGGCAGUCAACAAGACUGGUAAUCUGCAAGGGGCGCUCGAAUGGCUAGAGGACAAUCAGGACAAGUCCUUGGAAGAGAUCCAAGCAUCGCAAGAAGCCGAGGACGAGGAGGCACCUGCUCUGAAGCCUGGUGAGGAAGCCCGCAGCUUGGUCUGCAAUGAAUGUGGCAAGAAAUUCCGAAGCCAGGCGCAGGCAGAGUUCCACGCCUCCAAGACCGAGCACACCGACUUCUCCGAGUCCACCGAAGAACUUGCACCCUUGACCGAAGAGCAGAAGAAGGAACGGUUGGAGGAGUUGAGGCAGAAGCUCGCGACUAAGCGAGCAGCGCAAGCUGAACAGGACAAGAUUGAGCAGCGCCAGAAUGAGAACAUCCGUCGCAAGAACACCCAGGAGAAUCAGGAAGCGAAGGAGGCACUGGAGAAGAAGCAGAGACAAAAGGAGGAAGCGAAGAAGCGACAGGAGAAAUUGGAUGAAAGGGCACACCUGGCGCGCGUUAAAGCUCAGAUUGAAGCCGACAAGGAAGAACGUCGUCGAAAGGCUGAGCGUGAACGUGCUGAACGUGCAGGUGUGGCCGUUCCUCAAGCUCCUGUCGCCGCCGCGGCGCCCGCUGCUCCUGCCCCUGUUGCAUCCAAGCCUGCCUCUGCAUAUACCGAGACCCGUCUCCGCUUCCAGACUCCCAAGGGCAAUAUCAUGAAGACUCUGCCCGUUACUACGACUCUAUUCGAGGUUGUCGAGGCCCUUAAGCAAGAGGACGGCCUUGAGGUUCAGAGCUUCUCCCAAAAUUUCCCCAGGAAAGUUUUCGAUGCUGAGUUCUUCGGGGAGACGUUGAAGGAGCUUGGUCUUGUGCCUAGCGCUAGUCUCAUUAUCCAAUAGCGUGCUCGCAGUUCUACUGAGGAAUUUGGCGCACAUAUCACUUGUUAAAUGAAUUAUGAGGUAGCUGAGCAUGUUGAGCAUUGCAUAGGAAUAAGAAGCAAGCCAAGCCUUACUAGAGAGAUUGAGAGACUACAUCCUCUGAUAGACACCCAAC